CUAUGAGUACACACACACGCCCCAGUUUAGUUUUGGUUGUCUUGUGUUUUCAAUUCCAUUUUUGGCGUCCUUCUCCUUUACUUAUCUGUUCGUUAGGCAGGUGUUGUCCGUGUCUGUGUGUGUUGUUUUUUUUUUCUUGAGAUUGUAGCGGCUGUUGAUGGACAAUAUGCGGCAAAGCUGAUUGUUGCCUAUGGCGAUAAAUAGUGGUGAUGGUGUUGUGUUGCUGAACGUCUUGUUUGUUAUUUCAGGCGCUACAGUAGUUUGUCCCCUUGACCCUUCACCCCUCCGCCUCUCCACUAAGUCCUCAUUGAUGUGCCAGAUCGCAUGAGACGGAGUAUGGUUGUUCCCCAUCACAACGCUAUUUCCAUACAUUCUUCCACGAACGGUGCCUUUUUUUUCCCAACGCGACUGAAACCCUGUAAUAUACUAAAAAUGAGCAGGUACAUGAUCCUCUUGAUCUUCAUGAAGUGGUCCAUCGACUGGGACUACCGCAUGUUCACCGCCACGUGCUUCGACGGGCUCACGCCUCAGAACGUGACGUGCGACUCCGAUAGCACCACCGCCGACAUGUGCCCCCUGGACUAUGGGGGAAGCGGCGAUGGUUGUCAGCCGCCCAACCUCAUCACGAGCCUCAUCAACAUCGCGCUGUCGCCGGGUGUUGUCGACGAGCCCAUGUACGCGGGGCAGACCAGUGUUCAGACAAUUCUCCUUCUCCUAGCCUUGGGGUCCAUCCCCGUUCUCCUCCUGGCCAAGCCCCUGACGAUCCGCAGCCGCAUGAAGAAGGCCGCCGCCAGGCACGACAGCUUCAGCUCCGAGAGCCAGCUCAUGGCCGGGGAGCACAAGUCGUCGGACAAGGUUGAAAACGGCGGGCACGGCGCCGCGGGGGGGGAUAGCGGCGGGCACGAGGAGCACGACUUCUCCGAGAUCGUCAUCCACCAGGCCAUCGAGACGAUCGAGUUCGUACUCGGGAUGGUCUCGAACACUGCCUCGUACCUCCGGCUGUGGGCGCUGUCGCUGGCGCACACGGAGCUCGCGGCCGUGUUCUGGGAGAAGACGAUGCUCACCACUAUCCAGAUGGGCAACGCGUUCGCCAUCUUCAUCGGCUUCGCGAUGUUCGCCGGGGUUACCUUUGGCGUCAUCCUGUGCAUGGACGUGCUGGAGUGCUUCCUGCACGCCCUCCGGCUGCACUGGGUGGAGUUCCAGACCAAGUUCUACAAGGCGGACGGGUGA